GUAAUACAGUAGUCAUGAAAGUACCUUACUAUUGUCAAAAUGGCUUUAUAUAAGAGAAAUAUUCAUUACUUUGCCGUAGGCUUACUACUUUCUUUAUAUCCAGUUGAACCAGUUUCUGCAAUAAGAUGCUACGCAUGCAAUUCUGAUACUCAACCGGAAUGUAUUUCGGCUGCUGACCAAGAUAAAUUUAUAAUUGAAUGUUCGUCGUAUGUAAGCAACACGAAAAGUUUAAUGUUUUCAAGCUUCUACGAACAUGCCGCUAAAGCGAAAGCAGUUGUUGAGUACGAUUGUGCAUCUGCAAGAGGAAUUUCGACUAAGGAUGGCAGAACUAUUGUUCAAAGGGGAUGUGCGAUAAAACCAGUGACUUGUGAAACCUAUAAAAUUAUAUUCGCAGUUGGUGAUGGUAAAGGAAAUGGUUUUCAAGUUGACACUUGCAAUCGUUGUAGCACCAGUCUUUGUAAUUCAUAUCCUUAAACUCCAAGCGUUUAUCCUUUAAUUUUAUCAAUAACUCUUGUGAAACGAGAGCAUCAAGAAUAAAAGAAAUUUUAAUGUAUCGAGCUUGAAUAAUUAAUUACUUUCCAUGUUUUACUUUUGGAAAAUAAACGUGUUAUUGAGAUACUUUUAUUAUCUGACUGAUAAAGUCUCCUGAAUAUCACAUGAGUCAUAGAUCUAAUAUUCUGAUAAUAAA